CUUUUUAACAUUUAAAAACCUACUCUCCUCACACAAUGAAAAAAACUACAAGACGCCCAAAGAGGAAGGCUGCUGCUAAGACAAAGCCUAUUAGUGACGUGAAAGAGGAACUUAAAGAGCCCUCUGUGACAUGGACGCCACUUCAAUUGGAGCAAGCUGAAUUGGCAAAGCAAUUAGAAACCUACAUUAAUGAAUUUAAACAGAAGUUACAAUGGCUUAAUUUCAAGCCGACCAACAGAGAACUUGUAACAUUAUUUGUUAUGAAUUUGCACCCUCGUUUUAAGCGUCUUGUUGAACCACUUGUACCUACCUACGCUACCUGGGAAGACGCUGCCGAAUUUUCAAGGCUUCAUUGUACAAGAAUUUCGGUGAUACUAGGCUGUGAACGACAUGAUUCGGACAUGAUUUUUAGAUCUCCAGAAUCAAAGGCUUUGAUUAGCUCGGGAUACUUUAUUUCAAAUGAUAGUCCUGCAAAAAGUUUGUAUCCCGGAGCGGAAGCUGUAAAGCAUCUCUUGACAGCAACGCCGUCACUACCGACAGACCCGACAUCAGAAUCAGAAUCAUACUCCUCCUUAGUGAUAGCCGCAGAAGAUUUGUCGACAGGAGAACAGACAGGGAACAUAAGUGGGGAACCCAAAGAGAAAAAGAAAGAGGCUAAUGAUGAGCCAGUGAAAGAUGAAGAAGCGUCCAAAUUAAACGACGAAGAGGCUUCUAAAGUAAAUAACGAGGAAUUAUCCAAAGUGCCUAACAAUAACACUUUCGAAGAAGCCAGCGAAGACGCAUCUAAAGUAGCUAUUGAAGACGCAUUUAAAGUAACCAUGAAAGAGACUUACAUAGCAACCAAUGAGGAGAUGGACAAAGCAACCAAUGAAGAGACAGACAAAGUAACCAAUGAAGAGACAUCCAAGGUGGUCGUUGAAGAGACAUCCAAAGCAAUCAUUGAAGAGAAGUUCAAAGCAGACAUUGAAGAGACAGAUAUUGAAGAGACAGUCAAAGCCGACAUUGAAAAGACAGACAAAGCGGACAUUGAAAAGACAGAUAAAGCAGACGUUGAAAAGACAGACAAAGCAGAUAUUGAAAAGACAGACAAAAUAGUCAUUGAAAAGACAGACAAAGUAGUCAUCGAAGAAACAGACAAAGUAGUCAUUGAAGAGACAUCCAAGUUAAUUACCGAAGAAACUUCUAAAGAAAACAACAAGGAGACGUCCAAAGUAAAUGAAGGGACUGGAGUAUUCGAUAAUGAUUCAAAUCAAACCAAACAGGAAGAGACUCGAACGGAUGAGGCUGUGCAUAUUGAUGCAAAGAAAUUGAAUGAUACAGGGACGUCUAAAGAUAUAAACCAAGAUGUAGAAGAGCAUAAGGAGAAGCAGAGACAAGAUACCAAAGUCAUUCCAAAAGAUAAGAAAACUGAUGACGAACAUAAAAGUAAUACGGAUACAAUCCUGAAUGAAAAAACAGAUGACAGACCGACUAAAGAAGUAACAGAGAAGAAAGAUCACCCAUCAUCUAUGACUAAAAGUGCAGUUCAGGCAAGAAUCCAACAGGCAGUAAAGAAUAAAAAGGAAAGAGAAAAAAAGCUUGCGCUGCCCAAAGGUGCUACAUCUAACAGCUCGACCAAUAAGAGUAUAUGUUAUAGCGUGCCGGAUGAACAUGCGGCAGUUAAUUUGGCUUUCCUUGAAUUAGAGGUGAACGGGAAGAAAGUCAAGGGACUAUUGGCUAAGCUACGCUGGGGUGCCUCCGCUAUGUCUAUACCUUGUGCCAAAAAUCUCGGUCUUACCAUUAAUGAAAGUAGUAGCUUUUGUAUCCAAACGGAUUUUGGGAUCGAAGACACCAUUGGCUAUCUAAAGAUGCCUAUUAUUCAUCCUGCAGACCCUGAUAUCAAAGCAGAACUGAAUGUACAUAUAUUGCCGAUGAUUUAUGGUGGUAAAGUGGAUCUUGUCCUUGGUGCUGAUUUCUUUUAUAUCUUUAAACCUACAUUGAAUAUCAAAUCAAGGGCGAUUCGUUUUCUUGAAAAAGAAACACCCUACAUCGUUAGUAAAAUUGAAUAAAUCAUUGUUUCGCAUACCUAA